AUGGCACGUAACCUGAAAGCCUUCCAACUUUUGGAAAUCAACGUCAUUUCAGCCCAAGAUUUGGAGCCUGUCUCCAAGAAAAUGAAAACCUAUGCGACUGCAUGGGUGAAUACCUCCCGAAAACUCUCUAGCCGUGUGGAUUCUGGUGGCCAUGUUAACCCUACUUGGAAUGACAAAUUUGUUUUCAGGGUUGAUGAAGAUUUUCUUCGACAAGAUACCUCUGCCGUCCAAAUUGAAAUCCAUGCCGUCCAUUGGUUCAAAGACACCCUCGUUGGCACCGUUCGCGUUCUCGUCGGAAACCUCAUUCCCCCUCUCCUCCGAUCACGCCACCACAACCAUAUUGGCAUGCGAUUCGUUGCCCUUCAGGUACGCCGUCCAUCAGGACGUCCACAGGGAAUACUGAACAUUGGCGUGACAUUACUCGAUAGCUCUAUGCGUAGCAUGCCUUUGUAUACACAAUUAAGCGCUUCAGCCGUUGGUUAUCGUGAUCUAAUGGGGGAGGAUGAUUCACAUCUUCAAAACAACCACACCAAGAUCGAAAAUCAGAAUCCAAACAUCAACAACAACAUCAAUAAUAAUACCACCAAUGCACCGAAUGUGAAGCCAAUUCUGCGCCGUACAAAAAGUGAACGCAGCGAGCGUGUGACAUUUGAUAAAACAUCUCCAAAUGGCUCUGUAGUGGCAAUCCCACUUCAGAAGAAGGGAGCUCUUGAAAAGGAUGAUUCCAUUAUCAGCAUUUCUAAUGAACCAUUUAAGGGAUUUCCAAAGAAAGGGAAGGCAAGUUCGGUGAUCAGCGGUGCAGAGCUCAGGGAGAAGCCUAAAAGUAGAGGGAAAAGAGGUGGCAAGUCUGGUUCGGUGCUUAGUGAUUCCGUUGUUAGCAAAGAGUCUUCCUAUGUUAGGCCCAAAGAUCGGCAGCCUGUUGUCAAGGCCACUGAUUUAAAACCAGCUGUUAAAACCAAAGGGGCCAAUCCCAAGCCUGGGUCUGACAUUGGAAGUGAGCCACCAACAAACAAGGCUGUUGAUGAUAAAUAUGUCACGAUCUCUAAAGCAAUUCCUCCACUGAAAGAGCCACCAAAAAUGGCUAUUGGAAAGCCCGUUCCUAAAUUGAAUGCAUACGAGUAUGGUGGGCCGAAAGCAAAUGGGAAGUAUGUGUUUGGGGCCCCAAUGAAGGCUAACUCUCUUUGGUCGGACUCCGAAGUGGGGCCCUCGCCGUCCGAGGUGGCUGCAGCAAUGGCCGAGAAGAAGUACCCGUUGGACGAGGAGCGGAGCUCGGUGUUGGAUGGAUGGAGCUUGGAUGAAAGCGUCGAAGGACUCAGGUCGAAGCUCGAGAGGUGGCGAACGGAGCUCCCGCCGCUGUAUGAUCGCGGUUACGCGUCGAGCAGCUUCCGGUCGACGGGGCACCAUAAGAGAAGGCACACAGAUGGUGGCACUGGGAUGUUCUCAUGCUUUGGUAAUAUUUAUGGUUAUGAAUGCCAAUGCAUUUGUGGUAAGCCUCCAGGAAAAAAAACCAUGAGCGCCAGGUAUCAAAGCCCAUCAGUUGGCAGUCGAUCUUUUUUCUGA